GCAGGAUGAAAGCGAAUAUUAAUAUGAUAUAUUCUGAUUACCAAAGUUUGAAAUUUGAGUAUUACAAACUGAGGGUUUUACAAAUUGUGCGUUACGCAAAGGUUUGUAUAUAAAGACCACUGACAAAACUAUUUAUUAACAGCCUUAAGUUAACCAAUCGGAGUUAAAGUAACACCUCAAAUAUUUUGCGCAAAGUUCACAGUUCAGUGAAAAGUAACACAUAUGGUACCAACCAGGUGAAAAUUGUCAAUAUUUGUCCCUAAGAUGCUUAAAAUCCAUGAUGUAUGUUAUACAGUGAAGUGAAUCUUAUAUGAUGCUGACAUACUUUCUUCUGAAGCAUACCGUGUGUCAUUCGUUACGUGAUUACGAGUGUUUAGUACCCCAUUGGGUAUCAAAAUCAACAAAUUUUGAUUGUAAUUUAAUGCUUUAACGUUUUAUAAUCGAAUGCUUAUGAAAUGUUACUAUGGAAUGAUGCGCUACACAUUAAUUCGGGGAUUUCCCCAAACUUUGGGGAUUUCCCCGAAAUUGGGAGUUUGGGGAGCUACCAUGGUAGGUUGACUUUGGGGAAACCCUCAAAUUCAAAUGACCUUGACCAAGGUUAAGGGAGAAUUUCGCCAGGUCUGGGGAAUUUUUGGGGUUUUUGUGCCAUUUCACCAAAGUUUACUAUAGCGGCUUCCCCAAAAUUUGGAGCUCGGGUAAAGCUUGGCAAUGUUCUCCCUUUCUCACUCUCACUCAAAAUAUCAACCCUCAGUUCCUCACGUUUGUAAACAGGAAUUUGGCAAGAUGUUGCAUCAUUGCUCACGUGGAUUCAAAUUGAAAACUUCGCCCUCAGUUUGUAAACCCUAACUCAAAAUUCCACUUUAACUCUUAUUAUCUAACCCUAACUUUUUUGCAUUAUAAUAUGUCAGCUGGUGAUAAAAACCUUAUGGAAUGAUAACAUUAACCCAAAAUACUGGUCAGGCUCCUAGUGUAUGUAUGAGUAGAUUCUCCUUUUUUCUCUUUAUUAGAAGAGACAUUUUGACUUGUGACGGUUAAUUAUUACGAUCAAAGCUGUUUUUUCCACUGUUAUCUCACUAUGUCGAUUAAAAAGCAUUACUUGUAUGAAGAUCAUCUGUUUGCUAAAUAUCAUCCGAAGAAACUAAAUUCGUCACAUCUAGAAAAUAUUUAAAUCUUUUUUCUACCUGAUUUCGGUUGAUUUUUCGUGUUGUAAGGUAGUUCAUGUAAACGAUUUUUUAAAGAACGUUAUUUUAAGAAUCAUUAGAGUUUCACACUUUUGUUUCAUUUCGCCACGCUUACCAGUUUUCAGAUUUUUAUUGACUAAGUAAUGAAAAUCAUAAGUACCUCAAAUAUGGUACAUAUAUGCAUCGGUGUAAAUUACCUCAUCAUUGUAUCACAGUGUGGCAAAUUUGUAAAGACUAAUUCUAGAGUGCUAGAAGUAGUACCAGUACCAGUGAUACAAAAUAUUAGGCCUAGAUAUGGUUAUUCGAGAGGAAUAAAUGACUUCACAAAACUAAAAGUCUAAGACAGUCUUAGUACCCAAAGUCUAAUUUAUGACAGAGUGAAUGUGUCUGCUUCAUUGUGACCUGUCAAUCACGUUAAACCAAUUGAUAAUCUUACGUUGGAAAUUCACAUGCCGGAAAGUCCCAUAAAAUGUGCUUGGCUAUAACUUCUUUUUUAUCGAUUAUGUUCUGCCACGCAGAUUUUUCUCGAGGUCUCUAUUGCUUUAUAAAUUAAGGUCUCAAUCAGUAAGGCUAGACUCUGUUUGCCUCGCUUGAGCAGCACUUUUACGAUUUGAUACAAGCUCGUUUUCUCUUUUGUUAUCUCAAUCCUUCCUCCGAGAUAGAUAGAUAAAAGUCAGCUAAGGCACGUUAGGAAUAUGGUUACGGUGCUUUACGAAACGGUAUUUACUUUCACCCGAACGAACUUGAAACAAACAAUGUUUGUUAAUGAAGUAACAUCUAAUUGGAAUAUAUAUAUACCAGUAACUGGCUUCUUUUACUGUGAUCGUUAUUGAAGUUCAACAUAAUGAAUAAUAUCUUUCACUAUUAUUUUCCUUCCAGCUUAUUCUUCUUGAAUUUCUCAGUAGCCAUAGCCUUAAGUUUUACGUUAGACCGUGUUAACAACAAAUACUCUCUUUUUAUAGCCAUUACAGUAAAAAGAAAAGUUCACAUAUUGUAAUUUUCCCACCCAUUUGUUUUGGCGAUGGAGAGUAAAUCUGAAGAGAAGAAUUCUGAUAUUGAACUGACUCAGUCGGAUAUUUCCAAGACCCGUCAAGCACCUUUUGGUGAAGACAAUGAAUAUAUAGUCAAUAAAGAUACUGACAGUAUUUUAAAAAACACAAAUGAAUCGAAUAAAAAGUGGCGACUUGAGGGUGUAAAUAUAGUUGUAUUGUCUGUGAUAGUCUUAUCGACUGCUAUAACUAUAGCUUUAAUUUUCAGCAUUAUUUUUGGACAGCCUCAGGUCGUACCUCAAGGUGCUGUUGCAGUUGACGAUGAUUUCUGUGGUCAAAUAGGCCUAAAUAUAAUGCGAAACAACAAAGGGAACGCUGUUGAUGCGAUGGUAUCUGUUAUGUUAUGCUUAACUGUAACUCGCCCUGAUGUUGCAAGUUUAGGAGGAUGUGGCGCUGUACUAGUUCGUGAUCGUAAUAAACAAUUAAGUCACUUAUUUGACUUCACUUGCCCUGUUCGUAAUAGUGCGACAGAACAAGAUAGACCAGAUAAAAAUAAACCUGCAAGUUUAGUAGGUAUCCCGUCUCUAGUACGUGGUCUUGCAGUUAUGCAUCAACGAUUUGGUUCAUUAAAAUGGUCGGAUCUUUUCACUGGUGCGAUCGAUUUAACUAAAAAGGCUUUCAUGCCUAGUAAAUCUUUAAUAGAAGCCGCGAAUAAAUUAAGAACAAUAAAUUCACCAGACUUUUUAAAGCCAAUUUUACAUCAAUUAAUCGAUGAAAAUACUCCAUAUUCUCCAUCGGUUGACUUACGUAAUACAUUACAACAUUUAGCUAAUCAACGUGAUGAAUACUUUUAUAAUACUAAUGAGAAUACAUUCAAUAAACAAUUUGUUGAUUAUAUGAAACAACAAGGUUCUCAAUGGUCAUUAGAUGAUUUGAAGAACUAUACAGUUAAUCGUCCAAAUGCAAUUAAAAUGGGUUUCGCUGGUUUCACACUGGAAUCAUUUCCACCUCCAUUAGUUGGUGGUCCGUAUAUUUUACUCUUAUUGGGCAAUUUAGAUCUUAAAGAUACACUCACUCCACUUGAUCAUCAAGCAUUACUCAAACAAGAUCCAAUUGUGACUGCUAUCUACUUGCAUCGUCUUAUGGAACUGGCUCGUUUAGCUGAAGCAUCAAUUACUACACUUGGAGAUCUGAGUGAUCCUACAAUAAGUGUAGCAGCUGCAUCUGCUCUGGACAGUAUCUUCUCAAAGUCUGUACGUGAAGCUACUGUAGCUAGUGUUCUAGAUAAUCGUAUAGUAAAAGAACAUUCACAACUAGACGUCCUUCAAACAACUUCCGAAGGUACCAGUAUCGGUAGCACAGGUAUUGUAACAACUGAUUCAACUAGUUUUACUGUUGUUGGUAAUAUAUUCAUGGGUUCACCAUUUGGUAAUGGACAAAUUGUACCUGGUACAGGUGUACAUUUGAAUUCAGUGUUACAAUUAUUCUCAGAAAUAAAAUUGAAUAAAUUUGCUCCUGGACGUCGUCCUCUUAUUCCAAUUGGACCAAUUUAUUUAUCAGCUACACGUAGAAAAUGUGGUAUACGUGCAGGUAUUGUUUCGUUUGAUGGAUUAUGGGGUCUUACAGAUGCAGCACAAGUAAUAAGUAAUGCAGCAUUAUUUCUACGUGGUUCCCAAUGUCAAACACCUAUUACAUUAAGACAAUUUAAUUCUAUAUCUAUAAUAAAUAAUGAUAAAGAACAAACUUCUAUUGUACCAUUAAUUAGUUAUAGUCGAUUUAAUCCAGCUAUUGAAAAGAAUUGUAUUAAUUUAAAUAAUUCUAUUUAUUUAACAAGAUUACAUCCUAAUUAUAAUAGAAUUAUAUCUGGUAGUAUUACUAUAGAAUAUUUAUUGAAUCAUUCAUUGAAUUUUAUUAAUCAAUUUAAACAAUUAUUCAAUUAUAAUAUUGAAUUAUUAUUAUUACCUCAUCAAUGGCCUAGUCGUGUAUUCUUAACUGGUUGGAAUGGUUAUGAUAUGAUUACUUCAGGAGAUUAUCGUUCAUUAAAUAAUAGUAAAACAUUAUAUACAUUUUAAAUGAAAGAGAGAAAAAAAUAUUCUCUUCAUCGUUUUUUUUUCUCUCUCUACAGUUUAAUUUUUUUGGGGGGGGGGGCAUUUCAUUGUUACUAUGGGGGUUUUCUUUUUUUUUGUUUUUGUUUUGAAAUGGCUGUGAAUAAUUCAACUAAUUUUUAUUUCUUUAGUAUCCUUUUCUAUCUAUUACAUCAUCAUUAUUGUUAACAUCAUGAAUCUCUUAUAUCGUAAGUGUUUUCAUUUAUUGUUCCGUGUGUUUUUUUUCUUGUUUUGUAAUUUGUGUUCUAUUUCGUUUGUUUUUUUGUUUGUUUUUUCUUGUUUACUUAUUUAUUUUAUGGUGUAUACAUUUUGUUUUUUUUUUCUUCCUUGCAUUUCACUUGUUCUUGUCUGGCUGUGUAUUGUUUCUUCUUUUUUCUAUGAAUUAUAUAUAUAUAUGUGUUUACCAAUUAACUGUUACAUAUCACUAUAUUCGUUUCUAUCAUUUUGUUUGAAUGAAAUCAAGAUCUAUUACAUUGUGCUCAUUUUUUUUUUCAUUGAUAUUGGAUAGACUAACUGUGUUCGCAAUGAUUUUCAUAGUUAAAUUCAUGAGUUAAUCUAAGCUAGAUUAUCAUGGAAAACUGGGAAGCAACUGGAUGAUCGUUUUGUUCUAGUAUGAGAAAUCAAAGGUCUUGGAUUCUAAUCCUGCAUAUGAGAUUAUGGAUGAGCACUGAUGACGAGUUUCAUACUAGGACAAAAUGGCUAUCCAGUACUUUCAGGGUUUUUUUUUAAAAGUGAUCUGGCUUAGAUGGACUGAUGAAUUCAAUGAUCAGAUUCAGAAAACUCAAGAAAGAGCUAAGAAAGGGUCUGAAAACACUGAGAAGCAUC